UGGUAAGAAACAAAACAGAGACGAGAGAGAAAGAAGAGAGCAAGAAUGGGAAGGAUAUUCACGGUGGAGCUUGAGGGAAGAUCUUACAGAUGCAGGUUCUGCAGAACCCAUCUCGCUCUCCCCGAUGAUCUUAUCUCCAAGUCUUUCCAUUGCCGCAGAGGAAAGGCUUACCUGUUUAAUCGUUCAGUGAACAUAAGUAUGGGUCCUUUAGAGGAAAGAAUGAUGCUUUCUGGUAUGCACACUGUUGCUGAUAUUUUCUGUUGCUGUUGCGGACAGAAUGUUGGUUGGAAAUAUGAAUCAGCGCAUGAGAAAGCUCAGAAGUACAAAGAAGGGAAAUUUGUUCUGGAAAGGGGAAGGAUCGUGGAUGAAAUCGAUUUAUCAACAGAGGUUUACAUCGAUACUCCAAGCGACACAGAAGAUUCUUGAAUGUUAGCUUUAGAUUCUUACCUUCCUUAGUUCCUUGUGUGUGUGUGUGUGGGGAAUAAUGUUCGUCAAGAUCAGAGCUUGUUAGUGUAAAAUAUGUAGCAUGAGGUUUAUAAAAGGAUGUGUUUGAGAAUGAAGUUGUUGUGUUGUUUA